AUGGACGUUAGUGCUUUAACAAAUCAUGAUGAUACAUCAAAUGGUAAUCAAUUGGGGAAACAAGUAGAUCAAGGUAUAGGAUCAUUAGUGAAUAAAGAGAAUAUUGAUAAGAAAGAAGGUGAACUCCCUAAGAAUGAUGAUAAGAAUGGUAAUGAAAGUGAUAGUACAUUAUCUGAUGUUGAUUCAAUUAAACCAAAUAAUGAUGAUGAUGGAGAUUUAACAGAUUUUGAAAUAUCAGAUGAUGAUGAUGAUGAUGAUAAUAAUAAUGUUGAUUCUAAGAAAUUGUCUUGUAUAAUACCGGAUUGUUCUCAAAAUUUUAAUAAAUCUGAUUUACUUUCCACACAUAUAAAAGAAACUCAUCCAAAUGCAUCAAAUCUUUCAAUUCAAUCACCAUAUUGGAUUAAAUUUUUAAAGAAUUUCCAAGAAAAAAAUAAUAAAAACUCAUCAUUAGGUGAGAAUGAACUAAUUGAUAUUGAAAAAAGUCUUGAAAGAUAUUCAACUUUCAAUAAUCAACAAGAUUUCCAAGAUUCAUUAAUUAAUGAUUCUAAAAUUGUUAAUUUUAAUGAUAUUCAUAAUAUUGAAUUCAUAGAUUUAAUUGAACAAACUCCCAAAAGACAAAAAAAUUCAUUAACUGAUAUAAAUUCAAAUUUACAAAAAUCAUUUACCAAAGAUGAUGAAGAUUUUAAAUCAUAUAUUUCAAAUAUCACAAAAAAUUCAUUUCAAAACCUAGAAAGCACAUCUAAUGAUUUACCACCAAAUGAAGAAAUCGAUUCAAUUGAAAACAUUGAUGAUUUGAAAAAUUUAUAUGAUUCAUUAAAAAGGAAAUAUACUUGGUCAUUAGAAGUUGAACAAUUAAUAACGAAUGAUUUAAUUAAUUUAAAGAAAACUCAUGAAAAUCAAUGGAAUAAAAAUCAAAUUUUAUUAAAUGGUCAUAUUGAAUUAGAAAUUGAUGAAAAUCAAUCAUUAUAUCAAAUGAAAUGA